AUGGACGCGACGCUGAAGCGCGACCGCCCGGAGGAGCCCGGAGAGCUUCGUCCGGCGGCGCGCGACGCGGAGAAGGAGGAGGACGGCAUGGAACCGGCGCUGGAGGACGAGGAGGAGGUGGACCCCCGCAUCCAGGGAGAGCUGGAGAAGCUGAAUCAGUCCACUGAUGACAUCAACAGACGGGAGACGGAACUUGAGGAUGCUCGCCAGAAGUUCCGCUCGGUCCUGGUGGAAGCAACGGUGAAACUGGACGAGCUGGUGAAGAAGAUGGGCAGGGCGGUGGAGGACUCCAAGCCGUACUGGGAGGCACGCAGGGUGGCCCGGCAGGCUCAGCUGGAAGCACAGAAGGCCACGCAGGACUUCCAGAGAGCCACUGAGGUGCUCCGUGCUGCCAAGGAGACCAUCUCCCUGGCUGAGCAGCGGCUGCUGGAGGACGACAAGCGCCAGUUCGACUCGGCCUGGCAGGAGAUGCUGAACCACGCCACGCAGCGGGUCAUGGAGGCCGAGCAGACCAAGACGCGCAGCGAGCUGGUGCACAAGGAGACGGCGGCCCGGUACAACGCCGCGAUGGGCCGCAUGCGGCAGCUGGAGAAGAAGCUCAAGAGGGCCAUCGGCAAGUCCAAGCCGUAUUUUGAACUCAAGGCAAAGUACUACGUGCAGCUCGAGCAACUCAAGAAGACGGUGGACGAGCUGCAGGCCAAGCUAGCCCUGGCCAAGGGCGAGUACAAGACGGCCCUGCGGAACCUGGAGAUGAUCUCGGACGAGAUCCACGCACGCCGGCGCUCCAGUGCCAUGGGGCCCCGCGGCUGCGGGGUGGGCGCCGAGGGCAGCACGGCCACCGAGGACUCGCCGGGGGGCAGGCCCGAGCCGGACAGCGUCUCCGUGGCCUCCGAGGCGUUUGAAGACGACGCCUGCAGCAACUUCCUGUCCGAGGACGACUCGGAGACGCAGUCCGUGUCCAGCUUCAGCUCGGGGCCCACGAGCCCCUCCGAGGUGUUUCCUGCGGCCGCGAGGCCCAGCAGCCUGGACCUGCCCAGCCCCGUGUCGCUGUCCGAGUUCGGCCUGAUGUUCCCGGUGCUGGGUCCGCGCAGUGAAUGCAGCGGAGCCUCGUCUCCUGAGUGCGAGGUGGAGAGAGGAGACAGAGCGGAAGGGGCAGAGAACAAGACCAGCGACAAGGCCAGCAACCGGGGCCCCGGAGGUGGCAGCAAGGGCCAGGUGGAGAGCCGGCUGAAGCCACUGUCGCUGCCAUGCGCCAAGGGCAGGGAGGGCCUCCUGGCGGACAUGAAGAUGCUACAGAUCGGCUGA